ACUCCGGUUCUCGUGUUCUAAAGGUUUUAGGAGAGAAAAGUGAAAGGCAGAGUUUUGUAAAAUAUGUUUUCCAACUCUAGGGCACUCCAAUCGUUUCUUAUAAACGUAAUCCAACAUUUAUUUUGAGGCAGGAAUUCGCAUUGUGAUCAGACACAAGUUCUAUGUGAAGUUGCUUGGAAGAAACCGUAAAUAUAAGAGCAGGUGGAGCAUCAAUUCCAACACGUGAAAAGGGGACUUGGGUCUUUUGGGACACAUUUGUUGCCAGCAUUUGUAUCCUGCUGGUCUGCUUUAUUCGUUUGACGGACGUUUCCAAAACAAAAGCCGUCUUUUUCUUCCUUUGAGUUUGAACUUUUUACAUUUCACCUGUCAUUGUAUCCUAAAAACUGAAAAUGUCUGCUGAAAGAUACUCAACAUUGGAUGAACCGUCUCUUCGGAACCUGCUGGAUGGGACGAUGGACUUGGAUGAGCGGCGGCUGAUCCGUUCAGCCAUCAGAGAGCUGAGGAGAAGGGAGAUGGAGAACAUGGAGGCAGCUCUGGCCAGAAAACGCUUCCGGCCCACAAGUCUCAACCAGAACGACGACAAAGAGAACCAACUUGCACAUAGGUCAGAAUUGGGGGACUCCCUAAAUGUGCUCUCUGUGAAACUACAAGCCAUCCAGGACAUUGAGGAGCUGACUGGACUGCUGCGCGGGGCCAAUGAGUAUGAGGAGAGGAAACUGAUCAGAGCUGCCAUCCGCCGCCUCCGAGACGAGGAGCAGCAGGGUACAAGGGAGAAAGAGAGGACCACCGGCCGAUGUCUGGAGUCCGAGGGCCUGGAGCCCCAAAGCAGCCUGGGAGCAAGGGACACAGAGAAGGAGAGCCUUGUCGAGCGAGAGAGAAUCAAGUCACAGAUCUGGGAGCUACGGAGCCACCAGACACAGCAGGGCAGAAAGCUGCACAGGACAGGCUCCAACUCAGGCAUGGUUCUGGUUCUGGACCCCCUGGUGAGGGAUGAGGUCCCGGGGACUCAGCUGACCCGCCCACAGCCCCGGGACCCUGUGACAUCAUCAGAGCCGGACGUGGUCCUAUCCCACCGCCAGCGCUCUGACUCGACAGCCUCAGACCGCAGCCUGGCCUCCAGGCCCCGUCUGGACUCUGGAGCAUCAGAAAAGAGCCUGGGCUCAGCCUUCCGGACCAGGGUGGACUCAGGAGCUUCAGACAGAAGCCAGUGUUCCGCCCACAGAGGCAGACUGGACUCUGGGGCCUCAGAGUCCCGCUUCAGACAGAGACUGGACUCUGGCACGUCAGACUCCAGCAUGGGACCGCCAGCCCCCCUGGGCUCUGAGACCUCCGACAGCGCAGGGCUCCUGUCACGGAAACGGCUGGACUCGGGGACGUCUGACCUGAGCGUGGGCGUGUUCUCUGUGGGCCGGAGCCGAGUAGAACAGCCAGUGGUGACCAUGAGUAGCUCCUCCUCCAGCAUAGAAUCCGAGGCUGAAAGCACCAACCACCAUCCAGUCCAGCCCCGUCAGGACAGCUCCACUACCAACUGUUAUCUGCCUGAUGGGGCCGUCCUAUUCAGGAAAGCCCCAGACUCCCACAGUGGCCUGCUCAAUGGCAGUGCCAAGGAAAGAGGAGACAUCCAGGAACAGAAGGUCAGAUAUACUUUACUCACUCCUCUCAGCAAAUCAAAGGAUGCAGUUCCUGAGAAGAAAGAGCCGGUUGUCUUGGCCCCGUUCGGCCGGGCUAACUCUGUGCGGGACCGUAUGCGUAAGUUCACAGAGCCCAGUCCCAGUGUCCCGGUCCUGAAGAGGGGCUCUCAGUCUCUGAGGAACACGACAGCCCCCAGUGCCCGGGUCCUAGGCAGAGCCACCCAGCUGAGUGAGGGGCCAGCAGCAGGGCCAGCCAAGCAGACAGGGACCACAGCAGUAUCCAUCACCACCCCUACAGACAGGCCCGGGAGACCCCACUUAGGCUCUACAUCUUACUCUUCAUCCUCCUCCUCCUCAAAUAACCAUGUCCAAUGCCAGGGCACAGUUCAUCCAGGGGGCGUGGCCACCAAAUCUCUGCAAAGCGCUGCUCAAUCUCUGAACGCUGUAGGCGGGGCAAAUCAGACGGCUGAAAAGCUGCGGCACGCCUCGGACGGCUCAAAGGAAGACAAGACCCCAGGGAGAGCAGCUGCACAGCGGGACAGCAAGGGAGCGGCAGACCCCGACAUGAAGACCUUCCUAACUAUCGAGAUCAAAGAUGGGCGCACCACCACCACCUCCUCUUCAUCCUCUAGAGGCAACCUGGCCCCCAUGGCCCCACGCAUCACCACCAACGCCAUAGGACAGAGAGCAGAGUUGACCCUGGGCCUGAGAGCAACCCCCUUCAAGAUGUCCUCCUCCAGCCUUACCACCGGAUCCUCCUUCAAGAUGGCCUCAGAGCCAGUGUUUGCAGUGGAGCCCUCAGUGCAGGUGGCCUGCUCUCAGCCCCCGGCUGCUGUACCCAACGGCUCCUCUGCGCCUCGGGCCAAAUUCGAAGAGUGCUCCAGAGAACUGACCGCAGAACAGCUGGCCGCCAUCGACGAUGAAGAGCUCCUGGAUAAAAUGCUGGAUGAGUCCAAGGACUUUGAGGAGAGGAAGAUGAUCCGACAGGCCAUGAGAGAUCUGCGUAAGAGGAGGAGAGAGGCCGAACUGGGAUGUAAGGAGGAAAUAGACCAGAGAGAAAAGGAGCGGGAGUGUCGUCUUGCGGAGCUUCGGCAGCAGAGAGAGGAGCAUGCUCAGAAGGGUCGUACGGGAGGAGGAGGAGCUGGAGAGGUGGUGAUGAGGAAGGUGGAGAAGUCAGCUGAUGGCUCCACCCUCAGCCAAGUCACCAAGACAGACCGCUUCGCCCAGUCUGGUGAUGGCAGCAGGACAGCUCACAGCACCAUCAUGGAGGCCAGUUAUGUGAAGAAAACAGACGUGGGGACAGUUCAGUCCAAGUCCUACAGCUAUUCCUCCUCUACCUCCAGCAGCAGCUCCACCAGGAAAGUGGGCAGUGUGUUUGACCGCGAGGACGACUCGGCGUCCCGUGCUGCGGAGCGCCGGCAGGCAGAGAAGCGCAAGGAGCUGAUUAGAGCCCAGACUCUGCCCAAGACGUCCGCCGCACAGUCCCGCAAAGCCAUGAUAGAGAAACUGGACAAGGAGAGCGGAGGGCCAGGAAAUAAAGCAGUUGCCAAGGUGAACACGGUCCAGCGCUCAGCUAGCUGUGUGGUGCCCAAUGCCAACUCCAUCAAACAGAUGCUGCUGGACUGGUGCCGCGCCAAGACCCGCUCAUAUGAGAAUGUGGACAUCCAGAACUUCUCGUCCAGUUGGAGUGAUGGCAUGGCAUUCUGUGCCCUGGUGCAUAACUUCUUCCCAGAGGCCUUCGACUACUCCUCUCUCACCCCUGCCAACCGCAGACACAACUUUGAGGUGGCCUUCAGCACUGCAGAGGAAUGUGCCAACUGUAUGCCCCUGCUGGAGGUGGAGGACAUGAUGAUCAUGGGGAGGAAGCCUGACUCCAAGUGUGUGUUCACCUAUGUGCAGUCACUGGUCAACCACCUGCGCAGGCACGAGAUGAAACUCGCCAAACUCCAGGGCACCGACCUCUGAUCUGCCCCUCUGCUCUUCCCCCAUCGCACCACUGUGCCCCUCCUCUCCUCCUGAGCCCUGGCCCCGAACACCACCCCUGACCCAACAGACAGCAGCCCUGACUCUGAGUGAGGGGUGUUACUGAUUUGCACAUCUCUGAUGGCCAACGGGGUGGGGAGUGUGUUUGUGUAGGUGUUGGCAUCCGUCUCAUGAUUAACUUGGUUGACGGUGGUGGCAUGUCAGACAGAUAAAUUCCCCUCCUCUGGACACAUACAGUUGAAGUCGGAAGUUUACAUACACCUUAGCCAAAUACAUUUAAACUCAGUUUUUCACAAUUCCU